UCAGUUUUGGUUCAGUUAAACCCGUCUUCUUCCUCUCUCGUUCACGGUGCACCGAAACCACCAUGCGAGGGUGAUCGCGAUCGAAGCUCACAUCAUUUCCAUCACCUUCAACGAUGUCUUUCGCUCUCAUCGAAGCCUGCAAGAAGCGAAAACGGUGGCCCAAGUUUUUCAGGUUUCACUCCUUCGCCGAACCCGGUAACCCCGUUGCGCCGUUGGGUCCCUUCCGCGAUAACGUUCGGGUUUUCCUCCAAGAAGCUGGUGAACUCGAAGAUUAUAAUGUGGCCGGGAAUUCUCUCUGGUGCACCCUUCUCAUUCACGAUAAGUCCAACGUUAUGGCUCCUCUCUACACCAUCGAAGAGCACGUGCACCAUUCUUCGCACCCCUUCUGUGAUCACUGCCGCUGCGUAGGUUGGAGUGGUCAUUUUGUAUCGAAGAGAAGGUAUCAUUUUAUAAUCCCGAUGGACAACGGGUGGCAUAAACCCUUAGAUGAAGGUGCUAUAGACAAGCAGAGUCACCUAUUGCAUGGCGUGAUUCAUUGUAAUGGUUAUGGCCAUUUGCUCUGUGUCAAUGGCAUUGAAGGAGGUUCCAAGGUUCUAAGUGGGAGAGAGGUCAUGGAUCUCUGGGACCGGAUAUGCACCAAUCUCCGAGCACGGAAAAUUGCAGUGGAAGAUGUUUCAUGUAAGAGGUCUAUGGAUCUUCGCUUACUCCAUGGAGUUGCCUAUGGACACUCUUGGUUUGGUAGGUGGGGUUAUAGAUUUUGCCGUGGAAGCUUUGGUGUGACAGAGCAAGACUACGACGAAGCAAUGACAAUGCUUGGUUCAUUGGAGCUUGACAUGAUUGUGAAAGAAUUGAGAAAGACAAAGUACAACAAAGAAAUCAAACAAAUGAUUCGGUGCUACAGAGAUAUGAGUGAGACUCAUAUUAUCUCGCUCAGGGAUCUUCUCAGGUUUAUGCUAAUUGUCAAGUCUCCUCGUGCUCCUGUGUCUAAGAUAACAGUCACUUAUUCUGCUGCUGCUGCUGAUGAUUCUUGUUCUUCAGCAAUCAUCUUAAGAAAUUCCACCAAACACCAACUUCCAAGCAGAUCAAGUUCCAUGAAGGAUAAAUCAGUGAGGUAUAGGAAGUUCAGCAGUGCGGUGUCUAACAUGGAUAGCAGGUGGCCCACAAGGAGACUAGAGUUUGCAGCUCAAGUGAUUGUGGAUGCGCUGAAAGAUAACAUGGCUGUGAGACCAGGCUCAAGUGGGAUGGCAAGGCAAGAUGUGAGAGACGCAGCUAGGCUUCACAUUGGUGACACAGGCUUACUUGAUUAUGUACUUAAAUCACUCAACAAUGUGAUUGUUGGAAACUACGUUGUUCGCCGCAUGGUGAAUCCAUCAACUAGAAUCCUAGAGUACACCAUUCAUGAUCUUGGCAAGGGGCAUAAGUGCAAAGCCCCUGAACUGGAGCAUGAGCUGAUGACUUAUGUAGAUCAACAAGAAGAGUCAUCUUGGGUGCCUGGUAAUGAUGUUUACUGUGAUGUAUUGUUUCUGUAUAAGAAUGUGCUAUUGGGUUAUCCAGAUUCAGAAGCAGUGGACUUGGCAAUUCAGACCAUUCUAGACUGCAGGUACUUCGUGAAAGAGUGGCCAAUGAGGGGUGAAAUGGAGGAGCAGGUAUUGACAUUCAUUUGCCGCCUGCAACCAAAUUUUGUGGACAUGAAAUAUGAGUUGAAAAGCGUACCAUGUGGAGAGGUUGUGGUGGUUUCACUUCAUGCAACUGUUGGGGACUUGAAGAGAGCUGCUGAGGCUGCGCUGAGGGACACUUACUGCAUUGCAGAAAGGCUUAUAGUGACAGACAUUAAAGAAUUGAUGGGAGUGAGUGAUGAGGAAGUGCUUUUUGGACUAAUCCAAUCUGGUGUGGAACUUUGUGUGAGGGGAAUUGCAGUAGACUUGUGCACCCCAUUGAAGUAUCAGGGUGGAUCUGAUAGCUGGAAGGUGAGAUGUGAGUGUGGAGCUCAAGAUGAUGAUGGGGAAAGAAUGGUGGCUUGUGACAUUUGUGAGGUGUGGCAGCAUACACGCUGUUGUGGCAUAGAUGACUCUGAGACAGUGCCACCACUGUUUGUCUGCACUGGUUGCUGUGAUUCACUUGUACCCUCCAGGAUUGAAUCAGCCUUUUGUUCGGAUUCUGAUGAUUCUUUUCUGAUUUCAACAGACCCUACCCUUUUACUAGAAUAUGAAUAUGGAUACUAAAUUCUUGAAUACAAUACUGUUGUAACAUAGG